AUGACCCAGCGGCUAGACCAACUUUUGCGUGCAGGCAACAUUGAAGACAAUGAGGACAACGCUGAAAAUAGUGAGAAUGGAAUGGAUAUUGACCAUACAAUGCAUAAUGCGCAUCAGUAUGAAGACCAUGGAGGGGAUUUAGGGCUUGGAGACAACAGCUUUAACAAUAUUGAUGCAUACAUGGGCGCACACCUUGACAGCAAGCUGUCUGAGUCGGAGGACUUGCAUGCCAAUUGGCACAAUAUUGACAACCCUGUUUGCAUUCCCUUGCAAACGCCAACUCCCCCGCCCAACAACAAGGAACCCCCUGACAAGGAUGGAUUUGCACACAUCACGGAGGAGGAUUAUUGCAAGUACAAUUGUUGGUUUGACAAAGACACUCUUGAAAUGGACAACAUUAUUGCCAAAACUCUUACCAAGGAAGAAAUGGAUAGCAUCAAGAUGAUGGCUAUACAACUGUUUGGACACAUCUUGCAGCGCAACUACAAACGUAUUUGGUAUUCAUUUUGGGAAAAAAUCUAUUUGCUCUCAGCCUAUUGCUUACACCAAAAGCUUGCUAUUCUUUCUGGGAUAUCCCCUCAACCAAUUGACUGCUGCAUCAACGUCUGUCACGCAUUCACUGGACCCUACGCCAACAAGGAUAUAUGCUCUACAUGUAAGGAGCUGCGCUAUGACUCAAAGGGAAGACCACGCCAGGUUUUUGAGUAUCUCCCGACAACCCCUCAAUUCCAGGGGUAUUUCAACAACCCGGAGAUGAUUAAGAGAAUUAACAUUAUUGUCAAAGGUGAGGACCUGGGAGUCCGGUAUUUUCAUGGAUCUUGUGACAUUGCCUAUGCGGUCAUGACAGAUGGCGUCAACCUAUUCGAGCAGGCGCAUUCUGAGAAAAGUACUUGUUGGCCAAUUAUGGCCAUCAAUUUAAAUCUCCCUGCAAGCAAACGCGUUAAGCUUUGCAAUUUGAUUCCCCUGGGCGUUAUCCCUGGACCAAACCAGCCAAAGGAUUUUGACUCGUACCUGGAGCCGUUUGUGGGGGAGGCAAUUGAACAGGCUUGUGGGGUUGAGACUUACAACGUCACUAGGCGGGAACGGUUCAAGUUACGGGCCCAUGCUUUUCUCAUUUUGGGCGACAUGCAGGCAAUCAAGCACGUGACCCAAAUGAAAGGACCAAACAGCAAGGUUCCUUGUUGCGCAUGCAAGGCCAUUGGUGUUUAUCAUACCUGCUGCAAGGGUUAUUACAUCCCUCUUGCUAACCCAGCCAACUACCCCGACGCAAUCCCAGACAGCAGACCUGACCCACAGGAUUUCCCGCCUGAUACAAUUCCUUUGUACAACCCACUUGAUCUCCCUCUCUGCACCAAAGCUAGGAUUGCUGACCAACUUGGAGAAAUGGAUGCUGCCAACACAAAGCGCCAACGUGAUGCCUUGUCUAAGAACUACGGACUCAUCAACCAUUUGAUCCUCAACCGCAUUCCCUUGAUUUGUUGGCCUGACUUGUACCCACACAAAUACCUUCACUUGUUUCUUCUCAAUCAUGGCCGUGAACUUAUCUCACUUUGGACUGGAUCUUGUCACGGCAUUGAUGAUUCUGGCAAUGAGGAUUAUUUGAUAUCUGCUGACAACUGGGCCGCUAUUGGACUUGAGACCAAAGAGGCUUCAAAAACACUACCUGCCGCAUUCAUUUGA